UAUCUCUGUAAAAUUGGGACAUCUGGUCACCCUACAGACCCCUCUCUGUGUCUCUCUCUCUCUCUCUAGCUCCAUACAUCUCAUUCUCAGUCCCCCACAAACUUCUUCUCUCAUACACCCCUCUCUAUCCCCAUAUAAAUCUCUUUCUUUCUCUUUCUACCUCUCUCCAUCCCUAGAUCUUAUUAUGCUGGGCUAUCUAUGUAUCCUAUCCCAGCGCCUCUGACUUGGAAAAUGCAGUUCAUUUGACCCUGAAUCAGUAAAGGAAGGAUUUCCAAUUCUCGAACUUCCUGUGAUCUCCUGGAUGGAGCAGGAGGAAGAGCUGUGCAUCCUGGAUCUCCAGGGCUCUGAGGAAAGGGAGAUCCAGAGAGACACACCCACAGGUGACAGGGUGGCAAGUGAGGAUGAGGUGAGUCCUCAGCAGGAAGCGGAGCCAUGUGGGACGGUCUCGGGGCUUGUUCCAGCCUGCCAGAGCCAGGGUGGACCAGGGAGGCUGCGUGUGAACCCUCCGAAGAUGAGGCGUCGUCGGUCUGCUCACCGGGAGAGGGGAUUCAUCAACCUUCUGGGCAUCCUGGAGCCCCGGCGCCCGGCAGAUAAGCCCUACCGGUGCACAGAGUGCGAGAAGAGCUUCAGCCAGAGCUCAAAUCUCAUCGAGCACCAGCGGAUCCACACGGGCGAGCGCCCCUUCACCUGCAGUGAAUGCGAGAAGAGCUUCAGCCGCAGCUCCACCCUCAUCGAGCACCAGCGCACGCACACGGGCGAGAAGCCCUACACCUGCCCCGAGUGCCAGCGCAGCUUCAGCCGCAGCUCCACCCUGACCGAGCACCAGCGCACCCACACCGGGGAGACCCCUUUCCAUUGCCCCGAGUGCGGCAAGAGCUUCAGCCGCACCUCCAACCUGGUGAAGCAUCUGCGCACGCACACGGGCGAGAAGCCCUACGGCUGCAGGGAGUGCGGCAAGCGCUUCAGCCUCAGCUCCAACCUUAUCAAGCACGAGCGCACCCACACCGGGGAGAAGCCCUUUGCCUGCGGGGAGUGCAGCAAGCGCUUCAAGAAGAAGACCCACCUGGUGUCCCACCACCGCACCCACACCGGGGAGCGGCCCUAUGAGUGCACGGUGUGCGGCAAGCGCUUCAGCCAGAGCUCCACCCUCAUCGAGCACCAGCGCAUCCACACCGGCGAGAAGCCUUUCCGCUGCCCCGACUGCGGGAAGUGCUUCUGCGUCAGCUCCAACCUCAUCAAGCACCAGCGCAUCCACACCGGGGAGAAGCCCUACGGCUGCAGCGCCUGUGGGAAGAGCUUCCGAUACAAGCCCCACUCGGUGCUGAUCGAGCACAUGCGGAUCCACACGGGUGAGCGCCCCUUCGUCUGUGGCCAGUGUGGCAAGCGCUUCAGCCAGAGCUCCACCCUGCUGGGCCACCAGCGCACCCACACGGGCGAGAAGCCUUUCACCUGCCCCGAGUGCCAGCGCAGCUUCAGCCGCAGCUCUGCCUUGACCGAGCACCAGCGCACCCACACCGGGGAGACUCCUUUUCAUUGCCCCGAGUGCGGCAAGAGCUUCAGCCGCACCUCCAACCUGGUGAAGCAUCUGCGCACCCACACGGGCGAGAAGCCAUACGGCUGCAGGGAGUGCGGCAAGCGCUUCAGCCUCAGCUCUAACCUCAUCAAGCACGAGCGCACCCACACUGGGGAGAAGCCCUUUGCCUGCGGGGAGUGCAGCAAGCGCUUCAAGAAGAAGACCCACCUGGUGUCCCACCACCGCACCCACACCGGGGAGCGGCCCUAUGAGUGCACGGUGUGCGGCAAGCGCUUCAGCCAGAGCUCCACCCUCAUCGAGCACCAGCGCAUCCACACCGGCGAGAAGCCUUUCCGCUGCCCCGACUGUGGGCGCGGCUUCUACGUCAACUCCAAGCUGGUCAAACACCGGCGCAUCCACACCGGGGAGAAGCCCUACAGCUGCAGUGCCUGUGGGAAGAGCUUCCGCUACAAGCAGCAGUUCACCCGCCACCAGCUGCUGCUGACCCAUAAGGGGGCAAGUAAUUUCCUUGCUCUCAGUUUCCCCACUCUUAAAUAGGGUGAUAACACACUACUGACCUAAGUUUUUAUUAGUUAAUAUUUAUAAGCGCGACAUAAGUAUUACUACUGUAAAUAGACCUACCACUAGAGGGCAUUCAGUACACUACGUGGAUGAAUUAUGAUGUUAUUUAGGGUCAAGAGACAGUGACUCAAAUUACUACCUCCUUGCAUCUGAGGCUAUGAUGGAAAAAAGAUGCAUAUCCCUGGUGUUACGUACUGUCCAGUGUUGUCUGGCCGAGUGCUAUGCUCAAAUGGGCCAUUGUUGAGUGGUCACAUAGUAAAGGAUCAUAUUGUUUAUUCUAGUAAUACUGGGCUAUAGCCUUGGAUCGUCCUAAUUCUGUUUUGUGAAUUUCAGCCUAGUGGGGUUUAGUUUUGUGACUUUAAAUGUAACCCAAACAGAUGUUCUGGUCAUUGGCCAAACUAUACCCAUAGCUGUUGGCAACACAAAUCAAAGGCCUAAUGACAAUGCUUACGGUAAUAUAAGAGAUUCACUUUAGCUAGUUCUGAUAUACUGUUUGCUGGUCCAUGGGUAGAAGCCAAUAGUUUUAUACGUGUACUUGAGUCAUUAUGUUGGAAUAAAGUUUCGUUGUGUCAUGUUUGGAGGGAGAAGGAACCUAGAUUCUCUCCUCCUUGUCUAUGGUUGUCUUAUGCUGACUGUACUCCAGGUUAACUGAUAAUG